AAGUUGACAGAGUUUCUAUUUAAUUAUUUCAAAUCUGUCGAAUAAAUUGGCUAACGUCAAAUUUGAUCAAAUUAUUUUCAAAUGAAAAAAAUCAAGUCUACCACAACAAAGGAUCAAAAUAUUUCCAAACUCCGCCAUUUUGAAGUUCGUACGGACUGGAUAGCCACGGAACGCACCCAUGCACCCCUGUUUCAACCGUUGAGAGGAAAGGGGAAAAAAAAGAGCAAAAAAAGACUGUAAUAGAAACGGCGCGUCUGCUUUGUUAAACACCAAUAUCCAUUAUCCCAAGUUUUUCAGUUGAUGUCUGUUUUUUGUGUUGAAUACGUUAAAAACUAAAAAAGAAAUAAUUAUAAAAUAAAAAUGGCCGCGUGCAUAGACGGCGUUUUUCGUAAAGACCUUCAAGAUUCAAUAUUAAAAAGUAAAGUAUUACUUGUUGGUGCCGGUGGUAUCGGUUGUGAAAUUCUUAAGAAUCUUGUAUUAACUGGAUUUACCGACAUUGAAAUAAUUGAUCUUGAUACAAUUGAUGUCAGCAACUUGAAUAGACAAUUUUUGUUUCAUAAACAACAUGUUGGUAAAUCAAAAUCAUCAGUUGCACGUGAAACUGCAUUAACUUUUAACCCAGAUGUUAAAAUAGUCUCAUAUCAUGACAGUAUUACCUCAUCAGAUUAUGGUGUGUCAUUUUUCAAGAAAUUUUCUCUGGUAUUGAAUGCACUUGAUAAUCGUGCAGCUCGUAAUCAUGUUAAUCGAAUGUGUUUGGCAUCAGAUGUUCCUCUAGUUGAGUCUGGAACAGCUGGUUAUUAUGGUCAAGUUGAAUUCAUUAAAAAAGGCUUGACUCAAUGCUACGAGUGUCUUCCAAAAGCACCACAAAAAACAUUCCCUGGUUGUACAAUUCGUAAUACUCCAAGUGAACCAAUUCAUUGCAUUGUUUGGUCAAAACAUUUAUUUAAUCAGUUAUUUGGUGAAGAGGAUCCUGAUCAAGAUGUCUCACCAGACACAGCUGAUCCAGAAGCUUCAUCAGAAGUUGGACAAAAUUCUGAAUCAAAUGCCAAGGGUAAUGUUGAACGUGUAUCAACACGUCUUUGGGCUCAAUCAUGUGGUUAUGAUGCUGAAAAAUUAUUUACAAAACUUUUCCAUGAAGAUAUUAAGUAUCUUUUAACAAUGGAUAAUUUAUGGAAAACACGAAGAGCACCAACACCACUUGAUUGGAAAAAUUUGCCAGAUGUUGUUGCUGGUUGUAGUAAAGAUAAAUCAGAUGAACAUGUUCUUAAAGAUCAACAAAAAUGGAGUAUUGCAAAAUGUUCUGAUGUAUUUUCAAAUGCAUUAAAAAAUUUAAGUAAAAAUCUUGAUAAUUUAAGAAUUAAAAAUCCAAAUGAUCAUCUUGUUUGGGAUAAAGAUGAUCAAGAUGCCAUGGAUUUUGUUGCUGCAUGUGCAAAUAUACGUUCUUAUAUAUUUGGCAUACCACAAAAAUCACGUUUUGAUAUAAAAUCAAUGGCUGGUAAUAUCAUACCAGCAAUUGCAACAACAAAUGCAAUAAUUGCUGGUGUUGUUGUUCUACAUGCAUUUAGAAUUAUUAAAAAUGAUUUAGAAUCAUGUAAAAGUGUUUAUUUACGACCAAAACCAAAUCCAAGAAAUGAAUUAUUAGUACCAGAAAAAAUACUUAAUAAACCAAAUCAAAAAUGUUAUGUUUGUGCACCAACACCAUCAGCAGCACUUGCUGUUGAUACAACUAAAAUGACAAUUGCUGAACUUGAAGAAAUUGUUCUUAAAAAUCGUUUAAAUAUGAUUGCACCAGAUGUUAUGGUUGAUGGAAAAGGUAUUGUUUUAAUAAGUUCAGAAGAAGGUGAAACUGAAGCAAAUAAUGAUAAAGUACUUGCUGAUUUGGGUGUUAAAGAUGGUGCUAUAUUAAAAGUUGAUGAUUUUCAACAAAAUUAUUCACUCACUGUAACUGUUGUACAUCGUGAAAAACCAUCUGGUAGAACAGAGGGUCCAGAUUUUUUGGUUGUUGCUGAUGAAAAUGAUUUAAGGCCAAAAGAAGAAAAAAUAAAUGUUCAAGAUAAUGGUGAAAAUAAUCAAGAUAAACCAUCAACAUCAAAUGGCCAAAUCAGUCAAGUUGAAGAUGACGAUGACAUUGAAGAAGUUGAAGUUGAUGAUGAAGUUAAACCUGUACAAGAACAACCUUUAAUUAAAAAGAGAAAAACUGAAGUUCCAUCAGAUGAAAGUCCAUCAAAUAAAAAACGUAAAACAUCUGAUACAACUGAUGAUAAAAAUAAUACCAAUGGUGAUGAUGUCAUUGCUGAUAAUAAAGACCAUAAUAAUAUUGAUGUGGACAAUGAUGAUGAUGACAUUUGUAUUGUUGACAAUAAUUCAGAUGUCGAAACUUCCAAUGGUUCUACAAUCAAACAAAAAACACUUCAAAAACGACAUCGUGAAUCAAGUGAUGAUGAGUGCCAAAUUGUUUUUGAUGAUGGAGAUGAUGAUUCGGAUGACAAAAAUGCUGUACCAGUUAAAAAAACAAAUUCUGGUGAAUAAAUUAUAAUUUAUAUCUAUUCCAUUUUCCAUAAUUAUUUUGAUAAGUCUGAUGUAAUGAUUUAAAACCUACCUUUAAUGUCUUUAUCUAUUUUUCAUUGAAUUUAGAAACAUGAAAAAUCAUUAAAAGGUACAAAAAAAAAAAAAAUAAGUAAAAAAACAGUGUGAAAUAAUUAUUAAAAAUAAAUAUCAUUUUCAUUUAUAAAUUUGUAUAUUUUUUUUUCUUUUUAAUUAUUAAUUUUAUUGCUUUUUUUUUUUUUACUCUUAAUAUGUAGCUAAUUAAAU